AUGGGAAUUGGUUAUAGCAAUGGAGGAGGAAGUAGUGCCAAACUGGAAGAUUUGGAUCUGGAUGUCAUCAUCGAAAUCUUUUCAAGACUACCUGCUGAUACUCUCAUUCGAUUAAGGAGUGUAUGUAAGCUCUGGAACAACUUGAUACGAGACCCUGUAUUCAUUGACUUGCACCUGAAGAAAUUGAUGCAAACACCACCAUCUCAGGUCAUCCUUGCACUAGACACAAGCUUCAAGAAUACGAGGAGGGGUUUGUUUUUGGUAGAUGGGGUUGAAGAAUAUCAAUGGAGGGCUAGAGAAAUUCAAGUUGAGUAUUUGCAGGAUAAUAGGCUCGAUGUGGUUGGUUCUUGCAAUGGAUUGGUUUGUAUGGCUCCAACGAAUCAUUUUGAUUCAAUCUUCAUCUGUAAUCCAAUUACAGGUGAGUGCUUGUGUUUGCCUGAAUCAAAUCUUAUUGCUGAUGGGUUAAUUUCCUUUCGUUCUCUGUUCGUUUCUAGGAUUGGUUUUGGCUAUGAUCAUGUAGCCAAAAAAUAUAAAGUGAUCCGAUUUUUGUACGAUGAAAGAAAAUUAGUGGGUGAGAUUAACACAUUAGGUGAAAGUUCAUGGAGAAAGUUAGAUUUUUCAGUGAACAGAGAAGGAUGGUUUGGCCUUAACUCGUCGAAAGCAUUGUUCUUGAAUGGGUUCCUAUAUUGGAUGAUCAAAAGGGUGCCAGAUGAGUUGCUGAGUGGUGAUGAAUUCAUUCUUGCAUUUGAUAUCUGCAGUGAAAACUUCUGCAUUAUAGACUUCCCUCCUCCACUUUCUGAACCAAUAUAUGAAUUACAAUUAAUAAACAUCAAGGGUUCUUUGGCUAUAGCAAUUGAGAAUUAUGAUCAAAAUUUUGGUCUGGUGAUAUCAAGGAUAUGGCGACUUGUCGGCAGCAUGGCUGUGGGGUUCUCUUUGGAACAAUGUUCCUACGAUAUUUCUUGUCAUCAGCAAUACAAUAAGCGUUAUGCUUUGCUCAGCGAUGGCACUUUGCUACUAAAGCGUCGAAGAUGUGGACGCUUCGUUAGAUUUACUCCGUACCAUUCCAAACAGAAGCAUAUGACAGGGACAGGGAAGAUGAGUUUCACAGAGAAGAAUUUGAGUGUAUCACAAAUGUGUGAACCAUAUCUGUUCACGCCAAGCUUAGUUUCCCUCAAUGAUACUGGAGUCUCUUUUUUUUAG